AUGCCUCGCUCCUUUUUGGUGAAGCAGCCGAAGGUCCACGAUGUCUCAUCCUCCAACUACUACCAUCAGCACCAGCAGCACUGGGACAGCUCUUUCUCUGUGACACAUGCCAUCACUGAGUCAGCCACCAACUUGGCGGUGCGUUUGACUGAAAAUGGCUACAUCCAUGAUUACAUCAUCCCCUCCAUGUUGCAGAGCACAAAAGAGCCAGGUCGGGAGCCAAUCGGGUUCUCCUCAGGGCCCCUGUACUCCCCAGGUGGCAGCAGUGGGGAAGAGUUCUCCGACCACGACAUGGAGCACCCGGACAGCCCCGUCUCCACUGCCACAGUGGAGUCAGACAGUAGCGGCCCUGAGUUGGAGGCGUGCACCAUCAAUGACCUCCUCAUCUCUGAUGGCCGCUCCCGCCGGAGACCCAGCCGGCGGUGUCCACGCAAGGGAGGCAGACAGUCAGACAGUAGCAAGGAGACUGGGUCAGCAGACUGCAGCCCUGCCAAAGGGAAAGCCAAAGGGCGCUACAUGUGCUGUGAGUGUGGCAAGUCUUAUGCCACGUCCUCCAAUCUGAGCAGACACAAGCAGACUCACCGCAGUCUGGACAGCCAACAGGCCAGGAAGUGUCCCACAUGCCACAAGGUGUACGUGUCCAUGCCGGCCCUGGCCAUGCACAUGCUGACCCACGACCUGAAGCAUGAGUGCACUAUGUGCAGCAAAGCCUUCAGUCGGCCCUGGCUACUACAGGGCCACAUGAGGUCCCACACAGGAGAGAAACCGUUCGCCUGUGCCCACUGUGGCAAAGCCUUUGCCGAUCGCUCCAACCUCCGCGCCCACAUGCAGACGCACUCGGCCUUCAAGCACUACUCCUGCAAGCGCUGUCACAAAAGCUUUGCACUCAAGUCCUACCUGAAUAAGCACUACGAGUCAGCCUGCUUCAAAGAGCACCAGGCAGAGGAUGACGGCAGCGCUGACGACUGA